CUACGAAAUUUUUUGCCUCGAAGACGUCAUGUCUCCUGGCGGCGCUUGCAGACUUUGAGCUUUCCCGCGACUGCCGCAUGUGUGCCUUUUAGCCGGAUCAACGUGGUCCGCAUUGUCUGUGGCCAGAGAACGACACAGGCGAAGAGUUUUACCAUUAGUAGUCUCGCCGAAGAGCGCAACGCAGCAACGUCGAAAUGUUUUGGGGCGUCACACUGGAAAGCGGGAAGCGCUAUUCCCAGGUGGUGGACAUGUCGUACCACCUUUCCAUGGCUGCACUCGAACCAAAAUCAGGAGGAGAACCUGUCAUGGUCAUGCUAGAACACGGAAAGGCAGAGUUCCUGCUGUGCACAUUGGACCAGGCACAUGCCCGCCAGGUGGCACUGGACCUCAACUUUGUUGAAGGAGAGGAGGUGACCUUCUUCCUCAAUGGCAAAGGCACAGUUCAUCUGACAGGGUACCUGACCGAUGGACUGCAAGAUGACACUGUGUCCUCUGAUGAUGAAGAGGAGGAAGAGGCUUCUAUGCAAGAUGAAGAGGAGGAGGACGAGGACAAUGAGCUAGCCCUAGCUCCCAAAAGGCCUCUCAAGCUCAGCAAAAAGGUCAAGGAAUCACUUAUGCAAGCAGUUAAUGGUGACAGUGAGGACGACUCUGACUUUGACGUGGACAAAGUGGAGGAUGGAACAGAGGACGAGGAUGAUGACGAAGAUGAGGAAGAUUCGGAUGAAGAGGAGCCCGAACCGGCGCCAGCUUUGCCACACAAGCGCCCGGCCAAAAAGCGACUGCUUGGCAAGUCAUCUAACAAUGCAUCCCCAUCAAAGGAACAAGCUACAAGCUCCAUGCCUGCAGCUGAGCCUCAUGACGGAGUCCCAAAGAAGAAGAGGAAGAAAAUGAAGCAGCGAAGUGAAGGUGCCGCUGCGGUUUCGGGGAGCCCAAAGAUUCAGCAGUCGCCACAAGGAGGAGCAGCUGGUGAGAAAGGCACAACACUCCCAGGAGGUGUGAUCAGCACAGACCUGCGGCUCGGGAAUGGUCCUGUUGCCAAACCUGGCAAAAAUGUACAUGUGUACUACACAGGUCGCCUGGCGAACAGCCACGUCUUUGACAAGUGCGUCUCGGGCAAAGCCUUUUCCUUCCGGCUAGGGAAGCACGAAGUCAUCAAGGGCUGGGAAACUGGCAUCGAAGGUAUGAAAGUAGGUGGAAAACGCCGCCUGGUCAUACCGCCCAACCAGGCAUAUGGCAACACUCGUAUGGGAUCCAUUCCAGCUAACAGCACCCUGUACUUCGAAGUAGAGCUCAGGGCUGUCUCCUGAAAUGUUUUGUAUAAGCGUCCACUGUCUUUUACCCACUGCUCAUUAUGCAAUCAUUGAAUAAAAGUUGAACGCUCAUGA